UUUGAGGGCUCUUGACGUCACUUCAAGUGAACCCAACAUGGCGGAUCAAUAACAAACGCACUGUCCAUAUUCUCGUUGUUGUCAGCUAUUGGGAACAUGGCAGACAAAAAAAGCAAAUCCGCUGGCGUAAAAAGAUCAUUAAGUAAAAGAGAACAAGAUGAAAUGAAGAAAAAGGAGGAAGAAAAGGCAGCUGAAGUUUUUGAAGAAUUUUUGGCCUCCUUCGACAGUAACGAUAAAAGUGGCGUGAAGACUUUUGUCCGUGGUGGAAUUGUGAAUGCAACAAAAGAGGAGCAAGCAGCUGAAGUGAAGAAGAGUAAGCUCUACAGACCAUCCACAAAAUUUUCAUCUCCAGGUUCCCAAAAUGCUGUGCCACCACCACACUCUCCAGAUUUCAGGAAGUCUGCUGUCAAAAAGAAGACAGAGGAGAAGAAGAAGAGUAACCUUGAGCUGUUCAAAGAGGAGCUGAAACAAAUCCAAGAAGAACGUGAGGAGCGAUACAAAAGGAAGAAGGGGGAUCCAGGUACUAGCCUCCCUGAUCUGGAUGCACCUCUAUCACGGAGAUCAAUAUUUGAUGAUGAUCCGGCAUUGCCUAACUCAACUAACCUUUACAUUGGCUGUAUAAACCCAAAGAUGAAUGAGGAGAUGCUGUGUAAGGAGUUUGGAAAGUACGGGCCCCUGGCCAGCGUAAAGAUCAUGUGGCCGCGCACGGACGAGGAACGCACACGCGUCUCCAACCGCGGCUUCGUGGCCUUUAUGACACGCAAGGAUGCAGAGAGGGCUAUGGCGGCACUGGACGGUAAGACGAUCAUGGGCUUUGAGAUGAAGCUGGGCUGGGGCAAACCGGUGCGCAUCCCUCCCCAGCCCCUCUACACACCCAUCGGGGUCCUUAAGACGUCCACUCCGCCCCCACCCUCCGGCCUGCCUUUCAACGCCCAGCCCCGCGAUCGCUUCCGCAACGACUUCACCAAGCCCUGGAGUCGCUCCAAAGACGAGUUCGAGAAGACUCUGUCCGAAGCCGUAGUCAAAGUGGUUAUCCCAACAGAAAGACACCUGUUAGGUCUCAUCCACAGAAUGAUAGAGUUUGUGGUGCGUGAAGGGCCUAUGUUUGAAGCAAUCAUCAUGAGCAAAGAGAAGAGCAACCCAGACUUCAGGUUUCUGUUUGAAAAUAAGAGUCAGGAGCAUGUGUACUACCGCUGGAAGCUCUACACCAUCCUGCAGGGCGAGUCCCCCGGUCAGUGGCGGACGGCAGACUUCCGCAUGUUUCGCGGCGGCUCCAUUUGGAGGCCACCCCUCCUCAACCCAUAUCUCCAUGGUGACGAGGAGGUGCUUGAAGACGAGGUGCCUGUGACGCAAGAGGAGGAGCUGAGGAAAGGCCAGCUGAAGAGCGAGCACCGGGAGCAGCUGGAGUCUCUGCUGCAGAGGAUGACUCCACGGAGGGACGAGAUAGGCGACGCCAUGCUCUUCUGCCUGGAGAAAGCCGAGGCUGCCGAGGAGGUGGUGGCCUGCAUCUCCGAGUCCCUGUCCUUAAUCCAGACACCACCGCAGAAGAAGGUUGCCAGAUUGUAUUUAGUCUCUGAUAUUCUUUACAACUCCUGUGCCAAAGUUGCCAAUGCGUCAUAUUACAGAAAAUACUUUGAGUCCAAAUUGCCCCAGAUAUUUGGAGAUAUCAGUGAAGCCUACAGAAACAUACGUGCCCGUCUGCAAGCUGAACAGUUCAAGCAAAAGAUCAUGGGUUGUUUCCGGGCGUGGGAGGACUGGGCCAUCUACCCAGAGUCCUACCUCAUCCAGCUGCAGAACAUCUUCCUGGGCCUGGUCAAACCUGGAGAGGAGGUCAUCGAACAGCCAGAGCAGGCCUCUGCUCUGGACCUGGAUGGAGCUCCUUUGGACGGAGUGCCACUGGAUGGAGUGCCCCUGGAUGGGGCUCUCAUAGACGGGGCACCUUUGGACGGGACGCCAUUGGACGACCUGGAUGGAUCACCCAUGGGGUGGGACCCUGCGUCGCUGGACGGUGUACCUGUGGAUGACAUUGAUGGUGUCCCCCUGGGAUCGUCUAUAGAUGACAUUGAUGGAAUGCCACUGGAUGAAGGCACAGAGCGAGGAGUCCCCCACGCCAGAGUGACUUUGUCAAAGUGGGAGCGAGUGGAUGAUGGAGAGCCUCUGAAGAGCACAGAUGCAGACAGCAGAGAUGGAAAGGACGGGGAAGGGGAGUCAGACGAUGACAGCAGUGACAGCUCCUCCAGCCCGUCAAAGUUUGAUGCGGCUGACUUCAAGAGCUCCGUCUCCAGCUUUGAGCUCUCCGAGAGCAAGAGGAGUAAACUGCGUGAACUGGAGGUGAAGGUGAUGAAGUUCCAAGAUGAGCUGGAGUCGGGGAAGAAGAACCGCAAGUCGGGCAUGAGCGUCCAUGAGCAGGUCCAGCACUACAGGAACAAGCUGCUCCAGAAGGAGUUUGAAAAGGACGAGCAGGAGAAAAAAGAGAAGUCAUCGCAGAAACCAAAGGAACGGUCCAAGAAGGAGGAGAAGAAGGAGCGGACGGAGGAGCGGAGCAGAACGAGGGAGAAGGAGAGGAGUAAACGGAGCGAAGACCGCGAGAGGGGAAGAGACUUGGAGGACAGGAGAGAAAGGACAAAGUCCAGGUCUCCCAAGAGGUCGAAGCGUUCCCGCUCCCCGUCACCUGUCCGGAAGUCGCGGAGGUCGACGUCCCGCUCGCCACACCGUUCUCACAAAAAGUCCAAGAAGAACAAACACUGAAAUUUGACCCCUGGACCUUGGCCCCUUAGCGGACACAUAAGCUUCCUAUAGAGGGCGGGGUGUGUGAGUGGGUUUUGGUGGUGGUGGAGGAGGGCAUCAAGGGACAGAUCACUCUGCCAAUCAUCACUCCGACAGCCCUUCCCCAGCAGUACCACACGGUUGCCUCCAGUGUCCCACAGUGCUCCGGGAAUGGACCGGUCCUCCCAGGCCUCUCUUCGGUUUUGAUGAUUUCCCACAGUGCAUCACGGUUACCUGGCCCCAGCCCACCGCCUUCAUGUCAGUGCUGCUCCAGCUCCUCUCCCACCCCACGGCUCAUUUUUAUAAGACACAGGUUCCCAUGUUGACUGUACAGUUCUCUUUUUUGUGUUUUUAUUUGUUUUUAUUUGGAAUGUUAAGUGCUAUUAUUAUUUGUCUCUUAAGGUCUUUUGAAUGAAAGUGGAAAAUGUUGCAAGAUUGUUCCCCCAAUCUUUACAUUAAAUACAAAAAAGAUCUUGGA